AUGAUAGAAGAAAGAUUGGACCAUGCUCUUGCUAACUCUAAUUGGAUGACGACAUUUCCUAAUGCUAAACUUACAAAUCUCAUAGCAUCGCACUCCGAUCAUAGCCCCAUCCUGUUAUCGUGUGAUACGGUCCAGAAUAAUGGUAGAAGAUAUCAUUUUCAUUUUGAAAACAGUUGGUUAAAGGAAGAGGGUAUCAAAGAUGUGGUGUGUGAUGGCUGGAACUUUGAGGAGCAGGCGGAGGUGAUGAAGAAAAUUUCUUCAUGUGCAGAGAAUCUUGAGAAGUGGAGUAAAGAUAUUAGGUCCUUGGCAAAUAGACUGAAGCCGAUUUUGGAUAAGUGUGUUUCUGAGGAACAAUCAGCUUUUGUGGAGGGUCGUUCUAUUUUCCAUAAUGCUAUGACUGCGACUGAAAUUAUUCACACCCUUAAGAGAAAGACGCAAGGGAGGCGAGCUCAUUUGGCCCUUAAGAUCGAUAUCAACAUUGUAGGACCUAUUGUUCCAGGAAGAGGACUCAGGCAAGGCGACCCACUGUCGCCUUACCUAUUUAUUCUUAUAACUGAAGGACUUCCGACCCUCAUCAAGGGGACUGUUGCUAAGGCCAAUGUAGACGAAGUAACACAUCUUAUGAAGGUUCUAGAAACCUAUGCUAAAGCAUCCGGCCAGGAGAUCAAUUUGAACAAAUACGAGGUUUUCUUUAGCCGUAAUCUAAGUUUUCCAGCACAGGAGGACCUAGCCAAUGUCAUGGGAGUUCGUCAUGUGUUAGGAACGGGGAAGUAUUUAGGUUUGCCCUCUAUGAUUGGAAGGAGUAAAAAGGCUACUUUCACGUUCAUCAAAGAUGGGAUUUGGGAAAGAAUUAAUUAUUGGAAAGGUCGGUCCUUAUCUAAAGCGGGGAAAGAAGUCAUGAUCAAAUCGGUUCUCCAAGCUAUCCUGGCCUAUAUGAUGAGUAUCUAUAUUUUUCUUGAAACGAUGAUUAGUGAGAUUGAGAAGAUGUUGAAUGCUUUCUGGUGGUGCGGGGGCUCUAAUCGUAAGGGUAUUCGGUGGAUGGCUUGGGAUAAGUUAGCAUGCUCCAAGAGAGAGGGGGGCCUUGGAUUCAGAGAUUUUAGAGCUUUUAAUAUGGCUAUGGUUGCAAAACAAGGAUGGUUUCUCAUGAAUAAUAUGCAAGCGUUGGUGUCCAGGUUCUUUAAAGCAAGGUACUUUCCUAAAACUACCUUCCUUGAUGCUAAUCUCGGUUAUAAUCCUAGCUUUGUUUGGAGAAGUAUUUGGAAAGCCAGAGAGGUGCUAACUAUUGGUUGUAGGUGGAGUAUAGGUGAUGAGGCGGAGGAAAUUCUUUUUGUUCCGCUUGUGGAGGAUGUUACCGAAGAUAGCUUGGUUUGGAAGGAAGAAAAAGAUGGUCAGUAUAAUGUCCGUUCAGGGUAUCGAGUUUGGAAGAGUAGAAAGAAGUGCUACACCCAGGAGAAUCAUGAGGUUAACUGGCAAGUGUGUAGUGCGGUGGAUAGAAAAGUGGUUGGGCGUUUUGCGGUUAUGAUUGAAACUUUAUGGCAUAAUAGAAAUACUUUUAUUUGGAACAACGAGAAGGAGGUGGCGUGA